CCGUACUGACUGAUCUGUGGCUGCUUCCUGUACACCAACAACUUAGCUUAAAUGGGGAAUAUUAGAUUCAGUUCUUCACUGAUUUUUCCCUUCACUACUUCAGUCAAAACCAUGUCUUUGACCGUCUAAAGCCCCAAAAAAGUCUUCCUUGUGCUUUAACACCUCUCUUCAAGCAAGCUUUGAACGGGUGCAAAUGCAUGUGGCAUGUGGAUAAUUACGCUUCAGCGAACUGCCUCAGGAUACUUUCAGUGUUACGUUGCUCCAGAGCUCCACCCCUUAUUCGACGCUUGAUCAGCGUAAUACUUGUGUUUCUCAUUUUAGUCCCUCCCCCUCUGUGAAGAUCUCUACAAGCUGUCCCGGCUCCUGACAAAAACAAACUCCUGGGAGUAGACAGCGCUUCACUUCGAGCUCGUUUAAAUUUAUCACAAAAAGAUCCGGAUUUCACAGAUGGAGGGUCAGGGACGGAGCGAUGAAAGCGGCAGGCGGUCGGGUCGCUUUCUGAUCAGCUUGGAGGAUUUAGAGUCGGUGACCGAUGAUAUGGACUCGGAGUUGGUCUACCACAACAGCGGAGACGACGAAAACGAGCAUGAUGACGGCGAUCUCUUCACACACUGGCGAGACGUUGGCCGCUGUCACCAGGUGGAUGUGCCAAGAGACAUGGAAGAACCAAUUCAACAGAUGACAAGAAAUUGCCAAUCUCAAGAGAGGCAGGCAGUCCCAUUUAUAUCAUUGGGUCAUAAAACAAAGACUGAUGAGCAACCUUAUGAAAAACGUCAAUAUGAGAAAGCUAAAUGGGCUUGCGUAACCGAGAAUGAACCUCGCUAUGAACAGAGCAUAUGCAAAGGAUUUAUGAAAUUGAUGAAAUACAUUUGUCAACAAAACUCAUCAGGUCUGUUCCUGGGAAUGACCGUACCUGUUGUUACCACUGUGCACACCAACCACACCAGGUCAGAGCUCCUACCUAGAGUAACCAUUGCUUACUACCUCCCACCACAAUUCCAAGAUCAGGUUCCGCAGCCCUUUGAUGCAGACAUCGUCAUAGAAGAGUGGCCUGCACAGGUCAUUUACGCAAGAUCUUUUAAUGGCACCACUAAUGAAGAGAUUAUUUUACGAGAGAUAAACCAUCUAGCAGAGCACCUUGAUGUUCCUGAGCUGUUACUGCAAGAUACCUUUAUUGUGGCUGGUUACAACAAUCCUUCUGUUCCAAACCGACAUAAUGAACUCUGGUUUAUCCAGAGGCCUUGAGCAAAUUGUUCAUAUCUGGUAAAGACCCUGUGCAAUAACUUAUUUUGUGAAAAUGUAUAUGUACUAUGUGAUGGUGUAAGCACGUGAAAACUUACUCCAAUUAUAAUUUUGCCUCAGUAAAUGAAUAUAAGAUGAUCACAGUUUGACAUUUAAAAUAUAAAGUAGAAUCAGUUUUCCAUGAAUAAUCUAUAUCACCAAAUAACAUCCACAAUUUUCACAAUUUUGGUUAAACCUAAUGGCACUGGAGAUCAGAAGUAAAUCCAAAUCUCUGGAACUAUGAGAUAGCUGCGUGAUCUACUGUACCACUGUAUAAACUGUUUGUAAAAGCGAAACAAAAGAGACUAGAGCUCCAAGAGAAAUAGUCCUCCACUUAAAUCUCAAUUUUCUAUAAAUUCUCUCUUCUGGAAUAGAAUUGUGGUUCUGCAAGGAGUGCAGUUGCUUCAUAGCCCAAGCAAUGUGGGUUCAAUACUGAACUCUGGUGUUGUAUGUAUGGAGUCUGCAAGUUCUUCAUGUGAGCAUAUGGGUUUCCCCAGCUGAUCUGAUUUCCCUCCUCCCCAUCCAAAAAAUAUGCUGGCUAAAUUAACUAAUUAUUAUAAAUUGCUGCUGAAGUAGAUGGACAUUAAUGGGCCUGUGUAAUGGGGAAACAAGUUGGAGAACAGGAUUUGUUCUGACAGCCAGCAUUGACUCAAUAGGUCAGAUAACUCUUCCCCACCACCCCCCACCCAAGUCGUAAGAUUAAAAAAAACUGUGUUCUUUCACUGUAAACAGAGAAAUAGAAAAUAACAGCAUUUAAUUUAACUAUAAAUAACCUAAUAUUUCUGGCAAAAUAAAUGGUUAUGAAAUAGAUAGUCCUUCAAUGGAAAACUAUAGACAUUUGAAGGAAUACACUGUACUGUUUGCUUGCACAAACGAGUAGUAACAUUUGCUUGUCAACCUACAUCUCCUAUGCCAUUAUUGGAUUCCUCUGGUUUAAGAACUCUUGUGCUGGCUAGACCAAAAAACAUUAAGUGUCGACUAAGAUACUGCUGCACUAUGCAACCAGCAUUUGAUUGAAAGAGGCAAAACAGAUAGUUCUCACACUAGAUACCCUCCUGUAUAAUGUAUUUUACCCUAUACAAUGCAGAUAUUGCAUGGUGAUAAUGUGAUGUGUAGCAGUAGUAUUAAUAGCUGUUGACCAAAGUUUCCAAGUCACUCCGUGACCUCUACAGUCAAUGUAGCAAAUUCACCACAUCUUGGUUCAUAUUUCCAAAAAAAGUAACAAAUCAUAAAGCAUUUUUAGUAAAAUACUGGAAACAAAUAAUUAUUCAUUCUCAAUACUCAUUAAAACUCAAUGUUUUAAUGUAAAAAGUUAUUACCUCUGUGUAAAUAAGAAUCCAUUUAAAAAUAUGACAGCUGGUUACAGAGAGAAAAAGAAUCCCAAUUAAUGAUAGCUUUUGAAGUCCUUUCAUCAAUAUCAACCUGCAUUUAUUGAAACACGCUCAGGUGCUUGGUAAAGCACCAAGAAUAAAAACCUGACACUGUGCCACUAAGAAAGAUAUCAAUACAGACAACCAAAUGGCAUGGUCGAAGGAUUGGCAAUGAAUCUUAAGGAGAGAUUUGGAAAGAAUCAGAGGUAGGGGAAGAAGAAAUUUAAGCACUAAACACCAAUGCAAAUGAAAAGAUUGUUACAGUGAGAGUUAUUAAAAUAAGAACCAUACACAAGGCCACAAAUAAAGCAAAAAGAUUUAGUUAUCAUCUGCAGCUGUAAGGUGGUAAAGCUUGGGAUAGUUGAUAAGUGGUGAUGGUGCAGUUAGAUCCUGGACAAGGAUUUGAAAACUGAGGCAUUGUUGGCCUUCAGAAACCAAACAAAACUGUUCUUCCGACUGAAUUAAUUGUUGAUUUAUUGUUACAAAGUGAAUGAAUACAAAAUUUGAUAGCCUUUCUGUUUAUGAUUAGAGGUUGAUAUUUAUUCUGCAGAUCUGUGUCGUAAAAGUUUAUAAGAUGAAUAGUUGUAAAAGGUUUAACUGUAAACAUAUUAAAACAUUUAUAGUUACGAACUCAAAGACUAAAUUAAAAUUUGCUUAGUGUCUCAA